CAACACGGGACCUGGAAUUAAGAGGAGGACUCCAGCCCAGUACAAUGACAGAAGAUAAGAUCACUGGAACUUUGAUUUUUGCUGUCUUCACUGCUGCCCUGAGUUCCUUCCAGUUUGGGUAUGACAUUGGUGUGAUCAAUGCACCUCAAGAGAUAAUAAUAUCCCAUUAUAGACAUGUCUUGGGGAUUCCACUGGAUGACCGAAAGGCUACCAACAACUAUGCUGUCAACAGCACAGAGGCACUGCCCACAGUCACAUACCCAUCGAACCUAGUACCAGCUGGGGAAGAGGCUAUGGCAUCUGCUGGCCUAAUCACCAUGCUCUGGUCCCUGUCUGUGUCCAGCUUUGCAGUUGGUGGAAUGAUUGCAUCAUUUUUUGGUGGAUGGCUUGGGGACAAGCUUGGAAGAAUCAAGGCCUUGAUGGUAGCAAACAUUCUCUCAUUAGCUGGAGCUCUUUUGAUGGGGUUUUCCAAAUUGGGACCAUCUCAUAUUCUUAUAAUUGCAGGAAGAAGCAUAUCAGGACUCUACUGUGGGUUAAUCUCAGGGCUGGUUCCAAUGUAUAUUGGUGAAAUUGCUCCAACCACGCUCAGGGGUGCUCUUGGCACUUUUCACCAGCUAGCCAUUGUCACCGGCAUUCUUAUUAGUCAGAUUGUUGGCCUUGAGUUUAUCCUGGGCAAUCAUGAUCUAUGGCACAUCCUGCUUGGCCUGUCUGCUGUGCGGGCCCUUCUCCAGUUUCUGCUACUCUUCUUCUGUCCAGAAAGCCCCAGAUAUCUUUAUAUCACAUUAGAAGAAGAAGCAAAAGCAAAGCAAAGCUUAAAAAGACUCAGAGGAAGUGAUGAUGUCACCAAAGACAUAAAUGAGAUGAAAAAAGAAAAAGAAGAAGCAUCAAGUGAGCAGAAAGUCUCCAUAAUUCAGCUCUUCACUGAUUCUAGCUACAGACAGCCUAUCAUUGUGUCAUUGAUGCUGCAUGCUGCUCAGCAAUUUUCUGGAAUAAAUGGGAUAUUCUACUACUCAACCAGCAUUUUUCAGACAGCUGGAAUCAGCAAACCUGUUUAUGCAACCAUCGGAGUUGGUGCCAUCAACCUGGUUUUCACUGUUUUCUCUGUAUUGCUUGUGGAGAAGGCAGGGCGGCGCUCUCUGUUUCUAAUUGGAAUGAGUGGGAUGUUUUUCUGUACCAUCUUCAUGUCACUGGGACUUGUUCUUCUGGAGAAGUUUGCUUGGAUGAGUUACGUGAGCAUGACGGCCAUCUUCCUCUUUGUCAGUUUCUUUGAAAUUGGACCAGGCCCCAUCCCUUGGUUCAUGGUGGCUGAGUUUUUCAGUCAAGGACCACGCCCCACCGCUUUAGCACUAGCUGCAUUCAGCAACUGGUUCUGCAAUUUCCUUAUAGCUCUGUGUUUCCAGUACAUUGCGGACUUCUGUGGACCUUAUGUGUUUUUCCUUUUUUCUGGAGUGGUCCUGGCCUUUAUAGUGUUUACGUUUUUUAAAGUUCCAGAAACCAAGGGAAAGUCUUUUGAGGAAAUCGCUGCAGAGUUUCGAAAGAAGAGUGGCUCAGCCCCAAGGCCAAAAGCGGCUGUAGAAAUGGAAUUCCUUGGAGCUACAGAGACUGCGUAAAGAUGACUGCUUUUUUAUAUGAACAGGAAGGAAACUGUUUUUAAGUGACUCCUUGAGAAUUUUGUAUCUACAUCUCCAAGUAUGCUUUAUUUUUUUAGAGUUCGGUAGGCUCUGAUCAGAAAUGUAUCAACAAAUAUUACCACAGAAAGUAUUUUUAUAAUUUAAAGAAUAUAUUUUUGAUGGGAAAACUCUGUAAUUAAGUGAACCAAAAAGGGUAGCUCAUUUUGCUACUGUCAAAAGCAAGUAUGUCCUAAUCUUCUGACCCCUAUUUUUUUUAUAUAAUAAUGCUUCCUUAAAUUUGAAAGGCUUUUAAGGUAUGAUAUUAUUGCUUCACAAAGUACAGGACUAGAAGACCAAGGAUACAACUGACAUUUAUAUAUUCAAAUCUAAUUAAACUGGAAUUUUCUUACUAAUCUCAUUCUAAGGGAGUUACAGGUAGUGGAAGUAUGAUUCAUGUUAAAUUAACUUUCAUUUCUCUCACUCAGCUUCUUUCUUGUGUAUUUGAACUUCUAUUUUGCUUAAAAUACUAUUUUUCUCUGUAUUUUCAUGUGGGAUAUUUUGGGUUCAUUAAAAUAUGUUUAUAAAGAAAAAGCUUAAUUUAGUACUCAGAAAAAAAUCAUUUUAGUUCCUUUGAUGACCAAAUGGUUUUUUGCAAAGUUGAACAUUCAAAAAAAUUUAACUGGUUAUAUACCCUGAAUUAUCAGUUAUUAUUAACAUCUAUUUCAAAACCAUGUUAAUUUCUUGCAGGUUCAAUUAUUUUGUUUUACUUUUAAAUUGAGUAUAGCCUGGUUGUUUGAGCUGUUAUAAAAUACUCUCAAUCACUAGUCAGGCAUUUUAUGUGUCUCUCAUAUCUCUAAUAAGUUGGAUCAACCUUACUUAGGAAAAUCUAGGAGAAGAUGACUCUUUUAAAAAAUAUUUUCUGAAUUAGUAUGUCUCAAAAUAAGUUGAAAACUUCCUAAGGGUGGGCUUCUGAAUUUUCAGUUUCAGAUUUGAUCAAAUUCCCUAUUUAAUUUUCUUGGAAACAAUGAGUUCCCUAACACAGGACAAUCAUCCCCAUUUGACUUUUCCUUCUUUGUCUGAAUAAUUAACAGAUCCCAUCUACCCUAUUCUACUGCUCUGUGUUGUAUGCCACAAAUGUGCAGGCAAGGUUCUAAGUGCUUUGACCUUUUUGGCAAAUUGAAAAGGAACAAUGAUUAAACAAACUUCAGCUUACAGUGAAUUUUACAAUUAUGGGAAGCACACUUCUGAUGGAUACUAAAGAGUUUGUGGGAACUAAAAUGCCUCCAAACUGUUUUCCCCAUAAAAUGGGAUACUGAAUAAUCUCUUUAUGUUUACUUUAAUGUGCAUUGAAGAAAAGCACUUUUUAUAAAGUACUUAAGAGAGAAAGAACCCCACUGAAUAUUUUUCUUUCUUUUUUGUUAUUUUGUUGUUGUUGUUCUGUUACUUCCCCCUUGAUGAAAGUUGUUCACGUGUAUGUAACUUGGCAUUUCAAACAAGAUGAAAUUAUUUCUUCUCACUUCAAUUUUUUUCCUUUGGGGCCAAUUUGGGGGAAAAAAAAGAAACUAUUUUCACUUAGGACUUUAGGAAGCAGUCAAAAUGAGCUGGACUCUGAACAAAAAUGCAGAGACUCUGAAUAGGGCAAGAGCAGGAAAAUGGUUCAUUGGUGGCUUCUGUCUUCUACCUCAGGUUGCUGAUGGCCUUUGGAAAAUUCAAAAUUGCAAUGAUAAAGGAGCUUAGUAUCUUUAUAGGGGAUGGAUGUGAUUUACAUCAAAUCAUGAUUCCUGAUUUCAUUUACUAAGAGAAUAAAGCAGUAAAAGGUUUUUUAAAAAAAAGAAUUACAAAGACUACUUUUAAGUUCUAAUUAGUUAUUUUGAUGGACACACAAAAAACAGAUAUUCAGAUUCUGAAGUUUUCUGCCUCAGAGAAAUAGAAAUACCUAACUGUUUUUCCUUUCCAUAUUGUUUCAUGGCAGAUAUUAUUGUACCUUGUAUCCAUGAGGGACUGGUUCCCAAAUUCCAUCCCACCCCUGCAGAUACCAUAAUCUGCAGAUGCUCAGAUCCUUUGGAUAAAAUGGUAUAGUAUCUGAAUAUAACCUACACACAUCUUCUUAAUAAACUUUAAAUCAUCUCUAAAUUACUUAAAAGAUAAUAUAAAUACUACAUAUCCAGUUAUUAUACUAUGUUGUUUAGAAAAUAAUGACAAGGAAAAAUACCUGUAUAUGAUCAAUAGAGACACAAUUUAGAGAAAACAUAUAUUUUUAAUCUAAGGAUACAGAACCCACCAAUAAUAAAUAUUAAGGGAAAAUAAGCUGCUAAUAAAACUUUAUAGGAGGACCCAAAAAACAGCUUAACAUAAUAAAAAUCCCUAGGUCUUCAUGGUAUACUCCAUAGUAAAUAAUAAAACAGGUGAUAUCUAGAUUUAGCCCCAGGAAAAUGAGAUGUGAAUUUGAACAUGUACGAGUAUUGUUUUUUUAUAAGAUCCAAGUAUUAUUUUUAUGGAAGGUAUUUUAUGUUCUAAGUUCCUUACAAAUGCAACUUUUCUCUUAGCUUCUAUGAAGCAUGAUCACACUUUCUGGUCUAUCCAUUCACUGGCUGCGUCUAGUUCUUGCACCCAGGACUGGGCUGUCUAACUUCCUACUCCCUGCUUUCCUCUACACUAUCGCACUGCAGUGAAUGCUAAGAUACAAUCAGACAUGGUCCAGUUCCUCCAUCUCAAAGAUUUGCAUCCUAAGGGCGAAUUCAGGAAGACCAGGGUAUUCGUGUCCCAUCCGUGUCUACUGCCUUCCAUGAACCAGGCUCAUGGAAGGUGGGCACAAUGAUGUUACCUACCUCAGAGAAUUGCCAUGAGGAUUAAAUAUCAAGUGCUAAGCACAGUGCCUGGAUUAAAGGGGGUGCUCAAUAAGUGUUACCUAGAUUUAGUAUUCACAGAAAUACUGUUAGGAUAAAGGGUUAUCAUAUAUGAGAGUUAAAAUUUUUCUUUUGACUAAAAGGAGUUUUAUAAGUUAAAGAUAAUAUUUUCUUACUUGAAUAAUUUCAAAACAAGAGAAUGUUAAGAACCAGGGGUGAUAUUCAUCUUUCUAAUUUCUAAACCUAAACGUAACAUUUCCUAGUAAGGCUUUAAGAGUUUUUAUUUUAUUUUUAACAUUUGCUUUUGUCUAAGUUAUGUUAUUUCUAAGCAGUAUAUGUGUAAUAUUAUUUCUCUGGAUAAUAUUAAACAUAAAACAAAAUGUUGUAUAUCACAAUUAAAUGAAAUUUAAUACUAUUAUGAUCACAGAAAAAGACUAAACCUGUUGAUGAUUCUCAAAAAUUGUAAAAGUGCUAAUGACAUGUAAACCAGCAUACAUGCAUAAACUAUUCCUUAUUGCUACUUAAUUAUUUUAUAUGCAGCAAAUAAAACAAUGUUAGGCAACA